ACAAGACUACAUACUUUCAUAAAAGAAACUACUCACAAGGUUGCUGAAAACUCUCCGACAUCCCGCGACCGGUUUCACCCUUCUUGGGGCUCAUCAGGCAGGCGCAGCCCCCGAGUUUCCGUCAACCUUAUGUUCUACUUGAAUCCAAAUUGCACUGUUUUCGAGAAAUACACUAAUAUGCAAAUCAAUUUGUUCAUCCAGCAGCCGCCAACCUUAUGCUUUACUGGGGACAAAAUUGCACGAAAGUCGAUAAAUGUACUAAUAAGCACAUCAAUUUGGUUUUCACGGGAGUCUCAGCCGAAAACCUCGUUUAUGAUAUUUUUUAAA